AUGGACAAUGCAACUUUGCUCAGAGAAUUUAUCCUUGUGGGAUUUCCACAAUUCCGUGAACUGACAAUGGUGUUUUAUUCCAUAGUUCUACUGAUGUAUCUUCUAUCACUUCUGGGGCACAGUUUAAUCAUCUUUGUUGUUAUCAUAGAACCCAAGCUCCAUACACCAAUGUACUUCUUCCUCCUCAACUUCUCCAUCGCUGAGAUCUGCUCUACAUCAGCAGAAGUCCCCAAAAUGCUGAUGAAUAUCAUCUUGGGCAAAAAUACUAUCUGUUUUCGCUGUUGCAUGGCACAGGUUACCACUAUCUUUAUAAUGGGAGGGGUUGAAUUCCUUAUGCUCACAAUCAUGUCUUUUGAUCGCUACAUGGCCAUUUGCAAACCUUUAAUCUACAAAAUGGUUAUGACCAAUCAAUUCAGCCUUCACUUAGCUUUGGUGGCUUGGACUAGUGGUGGGUUCAUCAUUGUCUUUUCUCAGGCAGUAGUAGUGUGGAUGUACCCUUAUUGUGGAGACAAUGUCAUUGACCACUUCUUUUGUGAUAUAGGACCUCUUCUGAAAUUGGCUUGUGCUGAUACAAGCGUGAUGGAACUAAUUGGUCUUAUCUAUGGUGCCACUUUCAUGUGGGGGUCCUUUUCUCUUUCCUUGAUAUCAUACAUGUAUAUUGUAGCUGCUAUCAUUCGAAUCUCGUCUGCCACCGGACGGUCCAAAGCCUUUUUCACUUGUGCCUCCCACCUCACUGUAGUAAGUAUUUUCUACUCAACAGGCAUGUUUAUGUAUUUGAGGCCUUCAACCCAUGGUGAUACCCGACUCAAUAAGGUCAUAUCUCUUGUGCGGACAAGUUUACUACCCAUGUUAAAUCCUUUUAUCUACACAAUCCGGAAUAGUGAAUUCAAAACAGCUCUAGGGAAAACCACAAGACGGAAGCUUGCUGUCUAG